AAAAUGGCUACUUCUCCAACCCACUACCCUUCCUCCUCUCACCAAGACCCACACCUCCCCGUGGAAAUCAUCAAGAAAUUUAUAAAUGAAAGUACCCUACCCGGUCGAAAAGCAACACAUAAAGGCAGAAGAAGAGUCCAGGACUUUAAUAUCUGACAAAGGAAGCAUUUCAACUCAGUCAGUCCAUCCCAGAAAGAUCCAAAAUCUCGAGGAAAGUGCUCUAAAAUGAACAGCUUCUUCUUCUCAAGAAAGCAACCUCAGAUCCGUAGGGGAAGAGUGUUUUCACCUACUUUUAAGAAAAUCAAGAAUUGGAGAAUGCUCUCUGCUGAAGCUAAGAACAAAGGAUCUAAUUAUAAAAUAACAUGGAAGUUGAAGCAGACCUCUUCUGAAAGAGCUAAAGACAAAGCCAAAUUUAUUGCUCUUAGCAAAAAGAAAAUCCCCACUUUAACUACUAGCCAAACUUUUGAUGCAAACAAAAGAGCAAAGAGAUGUAAGCAAACCAGCACAAAAAUCUCUAAAAAACCAAUCCCCACAUCCCCAGCUUCCCCAAACACAAACAUGUACAAAACAUUCUCCAACCCCUCAAGCCCACCUCCCCUCCCCCCUCCUGAACACUCCCUCAGCCCCAUAAUCCCCCCUCACGACCCCCUAACCUCCCUCCACAAAACUCUCCACAAAUUCGACCGCCUCCAUCACAAACUCAAGACCCUAAAAUCCAGCCCUGGGGUGUGCCACUCAUCCUUCAUCCUCGCCCAAAAACUCAACCAAUUCCGGUUAAAAAGCCCUAAACAAAAGUAAGCUCCCUCUUCUAACGCUCUAGGAUCCUUUCAGCUUCCAAGUUCUCAGAAUUCUUCUAAUAGUGAUUGUUUGUGUAAGGAAAUUAGGGGUAGAUGUAGGUUAUGGUUAAAGUUCGCCAAAAUUUGUAGAGUUUCCAUUUUAUGAAUUAAGAAAUUUGAAGGUGAUUCCAGAUCAAAAAUUCAAUAGAU